AACAUCACUUUAUACCUCGUACAAGGACCAGCAAGCCGAUCGCGAUGAGGCUCCUAUUCUUCGUGGCUUUGUCAUUCCUGGCUCUCGCAGCACAAGUCUGCAGUGGCAGGCCGCAAGUAGACGAAGGAAAAGCUGAUUUAGAGUGGAUCCAAGCCGACGCAAUCACCACUGAAUCUAUUAAAGAUGCAUCAAGCGAAAAUGAUACCCAAGUCACGGUCAUCGACACCCUCAGAGACAUCUCCAAGACCCUCAAGGAGAAGUUCAUCAUUCUUGGGGACAAGAUCAAGGAAAAGAUGAAUCAGCUCAAGCAAGCUGCCGGCGAUCAGGCCCAAAAAAUUAAGUCCCAGCUCAACGAUCUGAGAAAGCAGCUGAAAGACUCUGUCCAGGCUCUCAAGAAGAAGGUGCAGGGGUUCUUUGACAAAGGCCAAUACGCGUCUUUUGGUGAGCACGCCAUAGAAGUAUUUGGAAAGAUAGUCGAGAUCCGGGAUAAACUUAACGAGUUUAUAAAGGGCGUGAAGGAUGUCACCGGAGAUAAAUUGAGACAGAUGCAGGAACUGGCCAAGCAGCUGAGGCAGCAGAUCAAAAUGAAGGUGCAGGAACUUCUUCACGGCUCUAGUGAUUCUCAAACGGCUGUUUACUAUGCAAACGAUGAUGACGAUGUUGAUGAUAGUGAGGCUUAUGUUAUCGCAACCCUUAAGGAUAUCUCUAAGUCUCUCAAGGAGAAGUUUCUUCUUCUUGUCGAACACUUGAAGGAGAAAUUUGCUGAGCUGAAAAAAGCUGGUAGUGAGCACGCAGAAAAAAUUAAAGGCGAACUCCAAAUUUUGAUGGAACAGGUGGCAGAUGCUCGUGAAGCAAUGAAACAGAAGGUGCAAGAAUUGUUUAAACCGGCUCUGUAUGCGUCAUUUGGUGAGCACGCAAUGGAGAUUUUCGCUAAGCUGGGAAAACUUCGUGAAAAGCUGAACAAGUUCCUUGAAGACGUGAAGAAAGUCACUGGUGAGAAAGUGGAGAUGCUUAGAAAGCUAAUCAAAGAAACGCGUGAGGAGAUCAAGAAGAAAAUUCAGGAACUCAUUCAAGGCUCCAGCGACACACAGAUGGUUUUUUACCAUGUAAGCGAUGAUGACACCGAUGAAGAUAAUGAUGCCUACGUUAUUGAAACCUUGAAGGAUAUCUCCAAAACACUCAAGGAGAAGUUCCUUAUUCUUGUCGAGAACUUGAAGCAAAAAUUUGGCGAGCUGAAGAAGGUUGGUGAUCAGCAUGCUGAAAAUAUCAAAGCCCAGAUACGUGCUCUGAAGGAGAGGGUGUCUGAUGCUCGUGACGCUUUAAAGCAGAAGGUGCAAGAAUUGUUUAAACCGGCUGAGUAUGCAUCUUUUGGUGAACACGCGCUGGAAAUCUUCGCUAAGCUAGAAAACCUUCGCGAAAAGCUCAAUAAGUUUCUGGAAGACGUGAAGAAAGUCACAGGCGAGAAAGUGGAUAAGCUAAGAGAGCUCAUUAAAGAAACGCGUCAGGAAAUCAAGACCAAGAUUCAGGAACUUAUUGAAAACUCCAGCAGCGCUACAACGGCCCUGUACCAAGCAAGCGAUGAUGACGAAGAUGCAGAGGCCUACAUUAUCGAUACCCUCAAGGAUAUUUCAAAAGCCCUCAAGGAAAAAUUUCUGGUUUUGGGUGAGAGAAUUGCCCAGAAAGUACAAGACAUCAAACAAGCUUUCGGACAGCGUGCUGAGGUUCUUAAAAAGCAACUUCAGGAACUGAAAGGACAGCUCAGACAAGCAUCUUAUGCCUUGAAGAAGAAAGUACUCGAGAUGAUCCGGCCUGAGCAGUCUGCGCAGUACGGCAUGUUUGACGGUAUUUCCUCGGCAGUUUCAGAGAACCUGGCCACUCUCCGGACCAGGUUGGAGAAAUUCUUGAACAAGGUGCAGCAACUUGCGGGAGAAAAGUGGGUGAAGAUGCAGGAGACGAUUCGCGAUCUGAGGAACGAGAUCAAGCAAAGCAUACGGAAGCUUCUUCAAGGCAAGGCUGAGGUGGAAUCUACGGGUGCUCCUGAGCUGACGUCCGCCAUACCCAUGCAGUACUAACUUUGAUGCACUCUGUGUACUGAAGGCGUGUUGCAGAUCACAUGUUCUUAGAAUGAAAUUUUUAAAUGCGGGGCGUUUUUUUUUCUUGAAAUAUUAAAAGUCAAUAAACUAAAAGAAGUUAUCUGCA